UGUAUGCGUGCGCAUUCCGUAGUGUAUACACAGGUUUAUCCAACUAAAAAAGUCGACUGCUGACAAGUUUUGUGGACAAGUGUGUAACUAAGUCGUGUGCUGUGUAAACCACAGCGAUAUGGCAAGUUUUUCCGAAUGGUUUUGGGAUGAGAAGUUUUGGCUUACACCUGGCAUAAAAUGGGAAGAUUUAAGGUCCAAGACACCCGGAGUAUACUAUGGACAAUUUUCAGAUAUCGGUCUGCCCUCGAUCCUCAUGGGCCUACUAAUGACCGUGAUUAGAUUUGCAUGUUUUAGGUUAAUAUUUAUUCCGUUUGGAAGACAGUUUGGAAUUCGAGUCAAACGACCUAGGAAUGCUGUGCCAAAUCCAAUCUUGGAAGUAGAAUAUAAAAAAGCUAAAUUUCCCAAAGAUGAUGUGAUAGAGAGCCUAGUAAAGAAAACUAGUUUAACUGAACGAGAGGUUCAGCGAUGGUUUCGAGUACGGAGACAGCAGGGAUCACCUGGUAACAUGCAGAAGUUUUGUGAAUGCUGCUGGAAUUUCCUAUUCUACGGUGGCAUUUUCGUGUAUGGAGUUGUUGUUUUAUGGGAUGAGCCUUGGUUUUGGGAGACAAAGUACUGUUUCAUAGGCUGGCCUUAUCAGCAUAUAACUGAUGGCCUGUACUGGUAUUAUUUGAUAGAGAUGGGGUAUUACUGGGGUCUGCUGUUCUCACUAAUGUUUGAUUACAGAAGAAAGGACUGGAUGGAGAUGACACUUCACCACCUCAUUACAUUGGCUCUAAUGGGAUUCUCCUGGGGCAUCAACUUUUCUAGGAUUGGUUGCUUGAUUGUCAUCACACAUGACGUCGCAGACAACUGGAUGGCAAGUGCAAAAAUGGCCAAGUACUGUAAGAAGCAGACGUUAUGUGAGGUGUUGUUUGGUGUUUUUGUGGUGUUGUGGCUCUUCACGCGGUGCUAUGUCUUUCCAUUCAAAAUGCUGUAUGCCGGUAUGAUAGAAAUCCAUGAGUAUGUGGAUCACUUCCCUGUACACAACAUCUUCGUGGGAUUGCUGCUCUUCCUCCAAGUACUACAUAUUCUUUGGACAUACUCCAUCCUCUCUAUAGCAUUCCAGAAAUUCACCGAAGGGGAGUUGAAGAAGGAUGUACGCAGUGACACAGAGGAUGAUGACGAAGAGGAGAACAGUGAUGACAAUGCUAAUCAAUCGAUGAAAGACUUUAACAACGUUCUGACUCACAUGGGCAAUGGAGAUGCUGUGAAUCGAGAUGGACUCCUUCAACGAAAGUCUUAGGAUAAGACUUUUGUAUUCAGGAGAAUGCUACCUAGAUAAUUCCAUGUUUGGCUUGUAGUGGCUGAUUGCCUGGUCCAGAUUUAUGUCCAGCCGGAAAACAAGGAAUUUAGGAUUGGUGGAAUAUCCAAUACUCUCCACAAGACUGUGAAGAAAAAACAGAUACCCAUUUUAAAGAUCACCACUCCACAUUCCCUCCGCAGAUAUCAAUAAAACCAAAUGUAUGAUUCCUUCCAAGGUUGUUUAACAGAUAAUGUCCAUUAAAAGUCCAUCCAGGUACAUGGGAAUCAAACGAAGAACAUACCAAGUAGCUAGGAACAUAGCUAGUGUUUAUGUUAGUUUUUUCUUGUUUGAAAAAUUUAAUUUAAAAAUGUAUGGUACUUAGAUGUUCCUACUGCAGUUUUUAUGAUAAUUUCAAUUUCAGCAAAGAAUCUGGUUUUAAUGUUACCAGAGCUCAGUUUCUUCUAAGAAUUAUGUUUCCCUAAGUGUAAACAACCUAUAACCUUUGCAUAUUAAUGAGUAAUUCAUGGUAUAAUUUAUGCAACAUGUCAGACAGAAAUAUAUUUUAAGGUUGGUUAUUACAGAUAUACCAAAAAAUGAGACUUGAUUUUGACAAGUCCUUAUUAGCUUUGUUAUAAGGUAGUACUAUAUUAAAAUAUAUUAUUUUUUAUAGGAAACCAAGACAAUUAUUCAUAGUAUUUGAUUAUUCUUAACCAAAACUUGUAUCAGAACAUAUUAUAUAAUUACAUGUUUGAAAUUUGUUUAGAAUUACUGCAAUUUGUGUUUUUGUAAAAAAAAAAAUUAAAAAGUAUGUUGUAUUGUAAUGUAUUGAUACGGUUUUUGUCAAAUUCUGUGUAAGAAAUCCUUUUAUUUUUUAUUUGUUAUACAUGUGGUAUAUAUUAUCCAUGUUUGUUAUUUCGAUUAAAACCUGUGUGGUUUAAGUUUAAGUUGGACGUAAUUGUGUAGACAAGCAGUGAAAAUUGGUUGAUCAGUUUUGUUCUUGUUUUAAAUGCUUUGUUGGGAAGUACUGUGUAGAUAAUAAGGAAAAUCCAGUCGAUAAAAGUUUUCCUCUUGCUUAUGUUUGGACAAGAAGGAAAAAUAAUCAAUAAGUGUUCUUUUUUAUUCUACUUUUAGACAAAAAUAAAAACUACUGGUAGUCAAUAAGUUUCACUUUUUUAUGCUAUUUUUGAAAUUUAAUGGCCUGGCAGAUUAGCUAAAUGUUUUUUUUCAAGUAGACUUGCCAAGGCUUGCCAGAGAGGCAAAUAGUUCUUUAUUUUCUUCAAUUUAUCUGCCCAUUGUCAACCAGUAAAAAACGCAAUAGAUACUGAAAGUGGUCAGAGAUCACUGCUCUAGUUUAAUGGACUGCGUUCACAGCUCUAGUUUAAUGGACUGCGUUCACAGCUCUAGUUUAAUGGUCAGAGGUCACUGCUCUAGUUUAAUGGACAGAGGUCACUGCUCUAGUUUAAUGGACAGAGGUCACUGCUCUAGUUUAUGGACAAAUUUUAAUUACCGUAAUGGACAAACUUUACUUACUUGAUAGACAAACAGGGGAAACGGUUUGACAUGUUGUUUUUUGUUCAGGCAAAAAGAGAGAAAUAGUCAAUAUGUUUACUCAGCCAACCACAGCCUACAAGUUUCUGAAGACAAUUAUAAUUGUGAAUUUUAUGAUGAUUUUAAGCAAUGAUUAUGUAUUACACCAAGAAUAAGAAUGAAAGUAAUUGUACAUGUGUAUGUGAUACUUCAAAUGCCUACCAUAUAUUUAACACAUCUCAUAGUCAUGUUCAUCUGCCUCAUACACUGUCCAAACCGAAUUGAGAUUCAUGAUAUCCUAUUCUACUGUUAAAUGGGCUGUAGAUUGCGUUGUGUGUAUUGACUUAGUCUUACUAAUAAGCCUUUUGAUAUUCCCAAACCCUAAGGGACCGUCCUUUAGUUUUGGGGUGAUUGAAUCGUAAAACAGAUUGUUGAUUCAGGUCUUCAGUAUACAUCCAUCCCCCAAUGGAAUGAACAGUUGUUGGUUGUCCUGUAAGUAAUGGUGACAUAUUUAGUGGUAACAAUUCUAAGAAAAAAAAUCCCUUCACAUAAGUGUUCCAUUGGAAAGUAUUACAGAAUUAAAGGAUGGUUCUUUAAUUAACUAAAAUUUAUUUCUUAAAUUCUCUAAUGCAUUCCCAUGGAAAAAAUAUUUAGUUAAGGAUUUUCCUUUGAAGUAAUUCAAUGAAAAAGCGGCCAGGUGUCAAAACCUGAUUUUACUCAUCACAGUCGACUCUGAACUUGUAUUAGAUACACUUGGAAUCAUCUUUGGAAGCAGGGAAGGAAUGAGUAAUGCUUUGAUAUCUGGGUUACGUCACAUGCUUUGUGAUGUUGAGAAGACACCUUUGGUAAUAUAAUUAACAUUAACACAGAUAAUCCUAACAUUUUGAGAAUUUUCAUUCUGAUUUGUAGUAAGGGCUGUUCCAAAAUUAUCUAUUUGAGAGGGGUGGGAGGCUUUUUUCCAGAGAUCCCACCAGCCUUCGAAUAUCAAAGCAUAUUUAGUGAAAAGAAUAUAUACUAUAAAAAUGUGGUUUAUAUCCCCAAUCAUCCAUCAGAUUUUACAGCAACUGCCUCCCACCCCUCCCUCACAUAUAAUUCUGGAAUAGCCAUAACAGUAAUAUAGCCUAGUAGUAUACUAAUGUGUCUGAUAGUACAUCCUAAUGUCUGUAUAUACAACAAAACAGUAACAAUAGUUUGCUACGUGUACUUUGUUUUUUUUAGAGAUAUUAACUUCUUUUCUCACUUUAAAUUACCUUUUUAUGUCUCCCUUGAUGUACCGGUAUUAGUUUGCCAGAAAACAUUUGCCUCAGUGUAAAAUAUCUUAUCUAAGCAAUUUCUUUCUUAGCAAUGACAUAAUUUUCUUCACCAAAAUGAAAUGUUUUGUGUUUGCUUUAGAAAUUUAUACUAAAAAUUAUCAGGGUUUUUUUCAAAGUUCAAUAUUUAAUUAAUGUUUUAUAAUUAAUUACUUAUGUUUUAUAUUAAUUAACAAAUAUUCUUGUUGGUUUGUAACAACAUUAUACAUAUAUAGUAUGUGGAUAUUACGAUAAUAGUGAUUCACUGAUAAUCUGGAGCUCAUAAUUCAAUUUUGACUUUUUUGGCCCAAAACAUGUUCAUAUUCUAAAAAAAGUCUGCAUGAAAAUGUAUGAAAGAAAAUGACUCAUAUUGAGUUAAGUUUGCAAGGGAAGAGUUCAGGGUGUAGAUAUGGAGGAAUUUGACUUGGAAGAAUAAAUAUUUUGUGGAGAUUUCUUCAGGAUGAAGUUGAUGAUGAACUGGUCGACUAUCAGAUGAUGAUGAUGAUGAUAUAACUAUGCAUAUGUUCUAUUGACUUGUAAGCAAUAUGUUACACCAAAUCUAUCGCCAUCAGUUUUUCAGAUUUUUCAGAUUUUGCAGUUUUAACCUCUUUUUUUUGCUUGUUACAUAUUUAGUAUUUGAUUAAGAGUUACUGUAUUUUCAAUUCAAUUUUGAAAUAAAUCAAUAGUCAAACUUCAUCAUAUUCAUAUCAUUGAUGUACAGUAACUAGAUACUAUGUACACAGUGUUUAGUGUUUCAAAGUCUGAGAAACAUUUUAGCAUUACAAAAGGAUUUCAAAAUCACUAAUUAUAAAAACAAAAUUUAUUUCGAUUAACACGUAUAUAGAAUCCUUUAUAUAUAAAUCAACAUUGCAUUUAUGCUAAAAUUUGAAUUUCUUGGUUAAAGAUUUCUUUAUAAUUGAUGGGGAAAACUUUAUAUUUUGUGUGUCGGAGCAAAGAUAGAGCAUUCUGAUAUGUUUGUAUAAUUAUAUCACUUGCUAACUCACACCAGUAACUAUUAUAAAAAUGUUCUGUCGUGAAAAUUAUUUAAGGUGUAAGCGAGCCAAAAAAUACUUAGCAAAGACAUGUCAAUUUGAUUAUAAUUUUGAUCAUGAAGGUGACAGGGGGUAGACACUGAAAUGUUUCGUGCAAAAUUCAAUCCUAGCUACAGUAAACUGAAUUCUCAGACUACCGAAAUAUCAUUUGUUCCAAUUUCUGUCAAACAAAAUAUUUAAUAAAUGUACAUUCCAUCUCCAGGAUUUCUAAUGUAAAAUCAAUAUCUUUUAUGAAACUGAAUAAGGUAACACAAGUUUUUAUAGCUAAAGAUUUUAUUUUUCUCUCGAGACAUCCGAAUGACAUCACACAACUCCUAGUUUAGAUCAUAGUAAUGUAACACAGAGUUAUUACUUACCAAAAUAUACCAGUACAUAUCAAUGUACUUUGAUGUUAAUUUUUUUCACAUCUUCAAAUUUCUUCGCUGCAUUAGCAUCUAAAGAGCAGUCAGUUCUAGGAAUACGAUUAUGAAUACCUGAAAGUUUUUUACAUUAUACUGACCAUCUAAUUUUAUCUUCGCCUUGUGGCCGUGGCCAUCAGUUAUUGUGUCCUAUAUGUCGCCAACUUUGAGGCCACAUCUUCAGAAAAGAGGGAGGAAUGAUACUGGGCUAAUUCUAUGACUUCAGUAUGUAAGAGUUUAUAUUCAGUGUUUGAUAUUACUGCAAAAUGUGUUUUAGAAUAAUUCGAAUGUUCAUGUGAUGUUGAUGUUUGAAAAAAAUGAGUAUAUGAAAUAUACAACUAUGCAGACUGCGGAUAGCAUCAUUGAUGAAGGUGUUCAGUGUUGAUACUGAAUUCAGUAUGUUGGACAUAUUUUCCCCCAUGCCUUUGUUAGCUUCUGGCAAAUGUAGCUAUUCUGAUAUUUCAAGAAGUACAAAUAUAGACACAUUAACUCAUGAACCAUGUGUAGAUAAAUUAUUUAGAUUUAAGUAUAUGAAAGAGAAUAUAUAUCAUCUCUAUAUUGGCGUGAUUUAUCGGCUCGAGAUUCGGAGGCUGAUGAUGUAAAAUCAGUUGUUGUUGUUGUCUAAUAAUUAUCAAAACCAACUCGAAAAUAAGAUUCUUAAAAAAAUUGUGCCUUGAUUAAUUUUGGAUAAUGUAUAAAAAAAAAAUAUGAACCAAUUGAUAUACUUGUCUCAUAAAGAGUAUUUUAGAAUGUUAGAUGUGCAGAGGGUGUUGCUUAUAUCAUUAGAUAUCAUUAGCUAGGAAAUACCUGAAGUCUAUAGUAUAUAUAUUUUGUUUUCGAUCCACACUAUCGGAUGUUGAUAUAGACAGUUCACAACAUUCACAAGGGUUGCUUUUGUUUGUGUUGUUAUAACAGUAUUGAUAAAGUUAAGCUUUUGAAGUUGUGAUUGUAAAUACAAUAUUUUUACUGUAAUUUGAAGCUAAAAUGAAGACGUAACGGUAGAAAGUUUUGGCCAAAAUCAGUGUUUGUUACCAUGUUAACCUGUAUAAGUGGUCACAUGAUCUGUCAACCGCCUUUUGAAAUUUGUGAUUUCCAUAUCAAAUGCAUACUAAUUGGUCCCCACCCCACCAUCACACAAUAGGGUCCUCAAUUACAAUGAUAGAAUAUUUUCAGGAGACUAAAAUAUCUACUUGUUAAUUUGUUCCCCACCAGAUAGCUUAGGUAGGCAUUAUCUUGUUAUAAGAUAAUUGUUCUAUUUAAAUAUUUACAGUUCUUACCAUAAAAAACUAAGAUUAAGGGAUAUACCAUAUUUGACCUUUUCAGCAUGCCUGCCUCUGUAAAAUCCACCCCUACUUUUCUAGGAAAGGGGAUAGAUGACAAAUCUGAAGCGCCUUCUUUAUACACUGGCUUCUAAAAAAAACUAACAAAAUAAGAUUGUUUUUUGGUCAAUCCUGGUUUCAAAUUGUAAAAUUAAAAUUAACAGAAACAAUUGGGUGUAAUUAUAGAAAUAUAUAUUUAAUUCCAAUUAUUUAUUUGUUCAGUUUAUCAAAGUUGGCAUUUGUUAUUCUAUUGGGAUAUACAUGUAAGUUAUAAGUUAUAAUGAUAUUAUUAUAACUAUAUCAGAAUAAUUGUUCUUUUUUGUAAUCACAUUAUGAUGAGCUGAGAUACAAUUAUAUAUAAAUUAUUGACAGUUUCCAUAACAUUGUUAAAUAUAGAUUCUAUUGAAAGUUAUGAUACAUUUAGUUAUAUAUAUAUUGACAGUUAUGAUUGAAUUGUUUAUAUAAUGUUAUAUUGACAGUCAUAAUAUAAUUGGUUAUAUCUCGAAGAUCACUUGUUGAUGAAGAUUGGCAAUUAAUUGUUAUAUAUUUACUUGUGUGACAUACUUAAUAGGUGAUGUUUAUCAAUUGUGUUUCUGCGAGAUUAGAAAUAGCAGAAUAACAACACAUUAUCACUGUAGUGAACAUGGACAUGCUUUGAUUUCAAAUUUGAUUCUUUGCUGUGUGGAAUUUUUCACAUCUACUCGUACUUCAAUAAUGUGGCAAUAUAUUUCGCUGUCUAAUAAUGUGUUCACAUCCUCGUCCUAAUAUCACAAGAUUUUACAAGAAGGAAAGUAGAAAGUCAGCUUGAACUUAUUGCACUCUCUGACCUAACAUUUAUAUAAAAGCUGUGAUAAGUCUGCAGAGUUUGAUCUAUCCAAGAAUAGCAAUUCAGUAAAACGGUAUUGGUGUAUACUGCAAUUUAAAUACUUUCAGAUAAAAUGAUGAGCUGCAGGUAUUGGCCUUUUUAUCCUGUAAUGAUGUGGUAUUUAGCUGUGACAAAAAUAAUAUCUAGUGACCUAUGUUUGAUUGGCUACAUUUGUUGUAUAAAAUUGAUACAUGAAAAUAGUUCUGUUGAAUAUUUUCAUGUUGAAAUAGUCCACACACAAGUACAGCAGUUGGACAUUAUGGUGGCCGAGAUAUUGAGCUUGUGUAUAAAAUAUAUAUUUACAUGCUAUCUGUGAUUUCAUGAGAUUUUUUAAAUGAAAGUACAAUCAUACCAGUGAACAGUUUCUGAUGCCAAAACUCAUUUGAGCUAUGAGAUUCCCUGUUUAGUUUGGUACACAAUGUCCAGUAAUAUAGAUAACACACAAGGAGUGUAUAUCAUGGUUUGUUAUAAGAUUUGUACAAAUCUCUAAACUUUUCAAGGAGAAAAAAUGAGAAUCCUUUUGAGAACUUAACUGUUCUAGGACUUCACUAAAGAUUCUUCACUAGAAUUUCUCCAUGACUUAAGUUAAGAAAAUGACAUUUCACUAUAAUUACUUACUUGUUAAAGAUUAUUCACUAGAACUUUAGUUCAGUAAAGAUUAUUCACUAGAACUUUAGUUCAGUAAAGAUUAUUCACUAGGACUUUAGUUCAGUAAAGAUUAUUCACUAGAACUUUAGUUCAGUAAAGAUUAUUCACUAGGACUUUAGUUCAGUAAAGAUUAUUCACUAGGACUUUAGUUCAGUAAAGAAUAUUCACUAGAACUUUAGUUCAGUAAAGAAUAUUCACUAGAACUUUAGUUCAGUAAAGAAUUUUCACUAGAACUUUAGUUCAGUAAAGAAUUUUCACUAGAACUUUAGUUCAGUAAAGAAUAUUCACUAGAACUUUAGUUCAGUAAAGAAUUUUCACUAGAACUUUAGUUCAGUAAAGAAUAUUCACUAGAACUUUAGUUCAGUAAAGAAUUUUCACUAGAACUUUAGUUCAGUAAAGAAUAUUCACUAGAACUUUAGUUCAGUAAAGAAUUUUCACUAGAACUUUAGUUCAGUAAAGAAUAUUCACUAGGACUUUAGUUCAGUAAAGAUUAUUCACUAGAACUUUAGUUCAGUAAAGAAUUUUCACUAGAACUUUAGUUCAGUAAAGAAUAUUCACUAGGACUUUAGUUCAGUAAAGAUUAUUCACUAGAACUUUAGUUCAGUAAAGAUUAUUCACUAGGACUUUAGUUCAGUAAAGAUUAUUCACUAGAACUUUAGUUCAGUAAAGAAUAUUCACUAGGACUUUAGUUCAGUAAAGAUUAUUCACUAGAACUUUAGUUCAGUAAAGAAUUUUCACUAGAACUUUAGUUCAGUAAAGAAUAUUCACUAGGACUUUAGUUCAGUAAAGAAUUUUCACUAGGACUUUAGUUCAGUAAAGAUUAUUCACUAGGACUUUAGUUCAGUAAAGAAUAUUCACUAGGACUUAAGUUCAGUAAAGAAUAUUCACUAGGACUUUAGUUCAGUAAAGAAUAUUCACUAGGACUUAAGUUCAGUAAAGAAUAUUCACUAGGACUUUAGUUCAGCAAAGAAUUUUCACUAGAACUUUAGUUCAGUAAAGAAUAUUCACUAGGACUUUAGUUCAGUAAAGAAUAUUCACCGGGCUUCAGUUCAGUAAAGAAUAUUCACCGGGCUUCAGUUCAGUAAAGAAUAUUCACCGGGCCUAAAUUCACUGAAAGCUUCUUAAAAGGAGCAAUAUAUGUCCCUUGUUGCAUUGUGCCUGGAUUAGUGAUAUUGUGAUAUUUGAAUUUGGAAUGGAUUAUAUAUGCUAGGUUGGAAUUGCUGUGAAUAUGGAAAACCUGCUAACCUAUACCCAAAACUAUCAACAAUACUCUUAUGAUACAAGUGUAUAUAAGGAUACUGUUUCUACCAUCAUUUUCUUGUUAAUAAUCAUCAGUUUAUAUAAAUAUUUACAGGCAGUCGGUACACUUAAUUACCACAUUUUAAGGACUGUCGUAGAUAUACAAUGUGAUUUUAAUCAGAUUAUAAAAUCAAAGAAUCAGCAUAAUUUAUCAAAAUCAGAUCCUCAAUCCUGGUAAUACCAAGUCUUGGCAGUGAAAUAAUGCAACCAUAUUUUUCCUGCAAAAAAAAGUUCUUCAACAUAAUAUCGUAUUUUACUGGAUGUAGGCCUAUAAGUCUUUUAUUGAUAUUUUUUUUUCCAUUGUGGAUUAGACAUUUAAAAAUGUGGAUUGGCUUAUUCCCUAAUAUGGGCCUUUGCAGAGAAAAUGUAAAAAAUAGUUGGGUGGGCUUAUCCCUGAGCAUGGGCUUAUACCCGGUCAAAUACGGUAAAGUGUUCCCCCAAGGGAGACAAAUCAAACACAUGCGAUAGUUUGUAACCUGGUAAUACAUAACAAUAGCAGAGCAAUACAUGGUUAUAAAAUAGGUAUAAUUAUAUACACCAUAUAUAAUAUAUAUCUAAUAUGUUACCACAUGCUGGAGGACACUUUUGCACAUGAUAUUGUGAUUAUACAGAUCGAGGAUGAAAUUGGUUUUGGAUGUGAUAUACAAGUCUGAGUGAUGACACUUCCGUAAAUUCAACAUAAUUUUAUAGAUUUUACAUUUUUUUUUUUAAACUUGUAACCAAUGUGAUAUUUUGCAAUGGAUGAGAAAGCACAAUCAAUCGCUCAAAAUUGGUUCUUAAUGAUUCCGGCCAUUACUUUGUUACCAAUCUUCCCAUUGUUUGUUUACCUAUUUACACUGAGGGUAAAAGUGCCAUAUCAACUCAUACAAAUGUUGGUACUGUGGACCUCUCUGUUUUUAUGUUUUUUGUUAUUUAUGCGAUUUUCUGGUACACUGGGUUGUAGAUUAUUUAUUAAUUAUGCCUGUGUUACCUGUUUUCUUUAACGUUUUGUUUUUCUUUCCUUUUCAUCAAUUUCAUUCUUAAGUCUAUGAUAAUUGUAAUUAGAUUUUUUUUGCAAAUGACUUUUAUAUUUAUUUUAGUUUGAUACUAGUAAUAGUAUAUCAUUGUGUGAUUUCUUGCAUGGAUUUUCCUUAGAACAAAUUUUAUUUUGUAAUGUCAUUUGAGACUGUUUUGCUGAUUUAUACAUGUUUGAUCAGGAAACUACCAGAUUAUCUCCCCUGGCCGAUACAUAUCCCCCUGAUUUAUCUCCCCUGAUCAGUCUGUACUGAUCCCUCUGAUAAUCUCCCCUAAUCAGUCUGUACUGUUCCCUUUGAUUUAUCUCCCCUGAUCAGUCUGUACCGAUCCCCCUGAUAAUCUCCCCUGAUCAGUCUGUACUGAUCCCCCUGAUAAUCUCCCCUGAUCAGUCUGUACCGAUCCCCUGAUUUAUCUCCCCUGAUCAGUCUGUACUGUUCCCUUUGAUUUAUCUCCCCUGAUCAGUCUGUACCGAUCCCUCUGAUUUAUCUCCCCUAAUCAAUCUGUACUGUUCCCUUUGAUUUAUCUCCCCUAAUCAGUCUGUACCGAUCCCUCUGAUAAUCUCCCCUGAUCAGUCUGUACUGAUCCCUCUGAUUUAUCUCCCCUGAUCAGUCUACCGAUCCCCCUGAUUUAUCUCCCCUGAUCAAUCUGUACCAAUCCUUCUGAUUUAUCUCCCCUAAUCAAUCUGUACCUAUCCCCCUGAUUUAUCUCCCCUGAUCAGUCCGUACUGAUCUCUCUGAUAAUCUCCCCUGAUCAGUCUGUACUGAUCCCUCUGAUAAUCUCCCCUGAUCAGUCCGUACUGAUCCCUCUGAUAAUCUCCCCUGAUCAGUCUGUACCGAUCCCUCUGAUAAUCUCCCCUGAUCAGUCUGUACCGAUCCCUCUGAUAAUCUCCCCUGAUCAGUCUGUACUGAUCCCUCUGAUAAUCUCCCCUGAUCAGUCUGUACCGAUCCCCCUGAUUUAUCUCCCCUGAUCAAUCUGUACCGAUCCCUCUGAUAAUCUCCCCUGAUCAGUCUGUACCGAUCCCCCUGAUUUAUCUCCCCUGAUCAAUCUGUACCGAUCCCUCUGAUAAUCUCUCCUGAUCAGUCUGUACCGAUCCCUCUGAUUUAUCUCCCCUGAUCAGUCUGAACCGAUCCCUCUGAUUUAUCUCCCCUAAUCAGUCUGUACCGAUCCCUCUGAUAAUCUCCCCUGAUCAGUCUGUACCGAUCCCUCUGAUUUAUCUCCCCUGAUCCUACAGUAGACUAGAUGGUAUAUAUAUGUAUAUGUAUUUUGGAGUAAUCUGAGGCCUACAUGUACCAGUAAACCAUUACUUUUCAUAAAUUUCUAAUUUUCCUUGACACAUCAAGGCCACAUUUUUAUCAACAUUCCUUUAACAUUUUCCCUAGGAAAGGAUUACAUAUAUUUCCUUAAAUUCUGUAAUGUUUUCCUAUGCAACUUUAAGUUGAGGAAUUUUCUGGAAAGUUCUGGAAGUUGAUGAAACUGGGGCCUGCAGACAUUGUAUGUUAAAUGUACUGGUAACUGGAGAUAAUCUGGUAGUGGCCUAUGAGAAUUAGGUGCUUUCCUUACCAAAAGAGUUACACAAAGGGGGACAAAUAUGUCAAUAUGUUAAGCAUUUGGUCUUAAGGCAAGUGCAAAAAAAAAACAAAAAAAAAAACCGAUUACUAAUUAACUU